AAGUGGCGCUUCUGCUGCUAUCGAUUGCGCGAGCGGCGAUUGCAAGUAUCUUGGUGUGCUGUUCUUGACUUCUACAGUUAUAUCAAUACUUCCCUUGUGCAGCUCCAAAAUCAUUCAGCUGCGAUCAAAAACUAGCAGUUAACAUGGCAUCUGGAGCUCCCCCAAACGGUCCUCCCACCGUCCUUGAACCCCAAAUAGGCCCUGAUGGAGAACCCAUCGGAGGACCAAGGACACCUCAACAGAUUGCUGCGCAGAAAAGGUUGCAACAGACGCAGGCACAAGUCGAUGAGGUGGUGGAUAUUAUGAAGACCAAUGUAGAGAAGGUGCUGGAGCGAGAUCAGAAACUUUCAGAGCUUGACGACAGAGCGGAUGCGCUGCAGCAAGGGGCUUCGCAGUUUGAACAGCAAGCAGGAAAGCUCAAGAGGAAAUUCUGGCUGCAAAAUCUCAAGAUGAUGAUUAUUAUGGGAGUCAUUGGCCUCGUGAUUAUUGCGAUCCUUGUGUCCAAGUUCAUGCCCGACCAGCCUCAACAGCCCGCCUACCCACCUGGCAUGUACCCAAUGCAGUUGCCCCCUCAGCAAGCACCACCACCAGCAGCAGGAGCCCCUGCAGCAGCUCCAGCGGCCGCCGCCGCCGCUCCCACCAAGUCGGGCGCCUAAUCGCAGAUACAGACCUCUUCUCUACUUUGAUUCGAGCCCAUUUUACUGUGUGGUUUAUAUAUUAUCGUAUUAAUGUCUCGACCACAUGUACAACCGAUCACCACCACCGCCCCCUCGGGUCUGUAUCUGCGAAAAGAGUCCCACUCCAGCUGUGUGGCGACCGCAAGUCUCAAAACUCGGUCUUUGGUCACGUCUCUCGUUGGUAGCCGCUUUCUCC